AUGGAUCAGAGUUGGAUGAAAGCUAAUAGAUUAAGUGCUGAGUUUGAACAGGGAGUGAUUGAAUUUCUUCGAUUUGCUGAAAUCAAUCUUCCAUCUCCCGAAAGUAAUGCUAAAAAAAACCUUUCGACUCCCGAAAGUAAUGACGAAAAAAAUCUUCCCCCUAAAAGUAAUGUACAUUUUCGAUGUCCAUGUGUUCUUUGUGGAAAUAAAAAAGAAAUUCAUAAGGACCAAAUCUUUAGUCAUCUCAUUUGCAAUGGGAUUUGUCAAAAUUAUACAAAAUGGAUAUGGCACGGUGAAGAAGUAACAAAGCGAAAUGUGUCCCAAAGCGAAAACGUUAAGAGGGCUCAUGUGCAUGAUACUUUGUGCAGCGACAAGGAUACACCUUUGUACCCGGGAUGCACAAAUUUUACACGUUUGUCAGCGGUGUUAAAGUUGUUUAAUCUGAAGGCAAAGAAUGGGUGGACCGACAAAAGUUUUAGCGAAUUGCUUGAAUUGUUGACACAAAUGCUUCCUGAAGGUAACGUAAUACCAAACCGGUGUUACGAGGCGAAGAAAGUAUUGUGUCCGAUGGGUUUGGAGUAUGAAAGGAUACAUGCAUGUCCUAAUGAUUGCAUAUUAUACAGAAAAGAGUUUGUAAACUCUGAUCAUUGUCCGAAGUGCAUGGCGUCACGCUACAAAAAGAAAGAUGGUGAUUCUAGUGAUGAUGUGGUGACGAAAAAGGGUUCUCCCGCGAAAGUUGUAUGGUACCUACCAAUAAUUCCAAGGUUCAAGAGAUUGUUUGCUAAUGCAAAUGACGCAAAGAAUCUUAGAUGGCAUGUAGAAGAGAGAAAAUGUGAUGGACAAAUUCGCCAUGUAGCUGAUUCUUUGCAAUGGAAGAAAAUCGAUUCUUUGUUUCCAAAUUUUGGCAAGGAGUCGAGAAACCUUAGACUUGGACUUGCUACUGAUGGAAUGAAUCCGUUUGGCAAUCAAAGUACUAACCAUAGUUCAUGGCCUGUUCUGCUCAUGAUUUACAACCUAUCUCCUUGGUUGUGCAUGAAGCGUAAAUAUAUUAUGUUAUCGAUGAUGAUUUCAGGCCCAAGACAACCCGGAAAUGACAUAGAUGUUUAUCUAAGUCCCCUAAUUGAUGAUUUAAGAGUGUUGUGGGAGGAAGGAGUUGAUGUUUUUGAUGCGUAUUCUGGAGAACAUUCAAUAUGCGUGCAAUGGUAUAGCGUUAAAGGGCACCUAGCGUGUCCUAUAUGUUCAAAAGACACAAAUUUCAAGCAAUUGAAAAAGGGAAAGAAGACUGUGUAUCUUGGGCAUCAGAGAUUUCUAAACCGUUAUCAUCCAUAUCGUAGAUUGCGAAAAGCUUUCAAUGAUCACCCGGAGGAUGGUGUUGCUCCGGAGCCCUUAACUGGAGAGCAAGUUUAUGAACUACAACGUGAUAUUAAUGUUGUCUUUGGAAAGGACGUUGCAAAGGACGUUGGAAAGGGCAAAAAAAAGUCUGAUGUGGAAAAAAAGCCUGAUGUGAAAAUUGCAUGGAAAAAGAGGUCGGUGUUCUUUGAUCUUCCAUAUUGGUCCAGUCUUGAUGUAAGACAUUGUAUUGAUGUGAUGCACGUGGAGAAAAAUGUAUGUGAUAGUGUAAUCGGAACACUUCUCAACAUUGCAGGCAAGACAAAGGAUGGUAUAAAUGCUCGUCUUGAUAUGGAUUUGAUGGGUAUACGAAAAGAGCUAUUACCACAACAAAUAAAUAACAAGACAUAUUUGCCACCAGCAUGUUACACUUUGUCUAAAAAAGAGAAAACAAGUUUUUGUGAGUGUUUACAAAGUAUCAAAGUGCCGCAUGGUUACUCAUCAAAUGUCAAGAAGCUUGUAUCAAUGAAAGUCUCAUGA